UUUGUUUUCAUUGAAGGCGUUUGGUAUGCAAUGCAUGCUUCUUGAAUUUGUUUCUUAAUGUUAGUAGGUACUACGUAGGUACCUAUAAAGAAUCCUGACGAUUUUUGUUACUGCAACUGAAUGACUUUCACAAUGGCUGAAUGCUUCUCCUCUGAAAACCAGAAGGCAUCUUUGAUGCUUCAUUGAAGACCAACAAUGAAAUCAAAGAGCUUUCAUUUCUUAUUUCCUGGUGGAGAAAAUGAGAGGUGGCCAACAGAAAAGGCAGUGGUGGUGGCAUCAAUUGGGAAGAGUGCAGACCUCGCUGGUAGUGGCAAGGGCCAUGCCUUCCGAGACCUUCUUAGUCACUCCAGCUUUGGCCCUCAGCCUGACCAAGACCUAGGUGAACAGCAGACGCGUGUCGAGGGGUUCUACUGCGCCGCCGAGAACGUGGUGUACCUGCACCUGCGCUCCUCGCUGGACACGGCCGCGCUCUGCCGACUCUGCCGGGACAUGAGGGAGACCAUCGACGAGAGCGGCCUACUGACGGUGUGGUCGGAGCUGCGCUACUCGGCGGCCCGGGCCCUUCUGCUGCUGUUCUCCGUCUCCCACCUGGUGGUGCUCCACCACCCCAAUCACGUGUUCGACCUCAGCUACAUCCCUCUAUUCCUGGCCAUAGACGCGUGCCGUCAGCGCCUGCUGCGUCCGGUGAGCGACACGCUGCGCUCGGUGGCCGGCCUGCCGUCGGGCUGGGUGAACCACGGCCGGCCCUGCCCGCCGCGCGUGCUGUUCCACUUUGGCAGCGUGCCGCCGGCGGUGGCGCGGCACCGUCCGCGCUCCGGCCGGCCGGCCACCGAGCAGCUGCAGCACAGCCUCGAGGACCAGAUCUACCGGCUGCUCAGGAAGGUGCGACUCAUCACCAACGCCAGUGUUCAGUCGCUGUUUGCGCUCCCCGGCAACCAGCCGUUCGUGUUUGUGGAGGGAGGACGACCGCCGGGCGACUCUGACCCGCUGCUGGCCCAGGUCCGACUCCUGCACAAACUGUGCCUCUCGGACGAGCGCGGCACCAGCCCACCGCCGGACGCCGUCAGCGCCCUGUGGCCCACCCAGCCGGCGUCCGCUGGGGCGGCGGUGUCGCCCUCUUUCGCAACGCUGGUCAGCCGCCACCUGAGCACCGCCAGGGGACGCGGCUUCGACGACAACGUCGGCAAACACCUGGCCGCGCCCAACUUCGACCUGCCGCCGGCCAACCUGUGGUUCGCCGCCUGCAGCAAGCUCUACGACGAGCUGGUGGCCACGCCGGCCGGCUCGGCCUUCAGCAAGCCGCUGGCCAGCCUGCGCUCGGCGCUCGACUCGGACACGCGUUUCUCGGAGGCGCGCUGUGCCAAGGUGCUACCGAUGGCCGUCUCCGCCUACCAGGAGGGGCUGCCAGCCCGAUACUCGCUCGACUUCCACAACAGAAAGCUGCUGAGCGCCAUGGCGGUGUUCCGGUUGCACGCGCGCGGCCCGUGCUGCGGCCAGUACCUGGCGCGCCUGGAGGAGGAGUGUGGCCGGCUGUGGCGGCAGGGCCGGCAGAUCUGCGAGGCGCUCAGUCUCACCGGUAACCCGUGCAUUAAUCCGGUGCACCGGCUGCCCGGUCAGCCGGAGGACGAGGACGAUCUGGAGCACAGACGUCCGGAGAUGGACCACUGCUCGGGCGUGCGGUACUUGUCCACGUGCAACUGCGGCCGGCGGCAGCGGCAGCGCGACGACCCCUUCACGGUGCGUCGAGCCAACUACGAGUUUUACGCGGCGCUGGCCGAGUCGUGCUGCGGCGGCCUGCAGCAGCACGAGUUUCCCGUGUUCCGGCCGGGCGCCAACAAAGCCAGAGCUGCGGUGGUCUCGGCGGCUGACGGCGGCUCGGAGGUGGCGGAGCGGACCGCCCCCGACCCGGACAAUGCCACCAUCUCUCCCACCUUCGGACUCGGACUCAGUCAGGGCGAGGCGGACGAGGCGGAGAGGAGCGGCGGUCCCACCAGCAGUCCCUCCGACAUCUCCGUCACCGUCAAACAGGAGAGCCGUCGCGCGCCGGAGGUGCUGCCGUCCACUGAGGAGUACCUGGACGGCAUGGUGACGACGACCACGCCGCGGCACCUGCUGCCCGAGUACCCCAGCUUCAGCCUGGUCUGCCUGGGACAGUCGUCUCUGUACUCACACGCCGCCGGACUGCAGGGAUUUCUGCAGGGCUCCAACUACCUGCUGCCGUGGGAGCUUAGGAUGAAGACAGAGAAGCUGGACACCAGAAAAGGAUACAUCAAGAAAAAAGAGACCUACGACAUCUACGCCAAGAUAUUCAUCGGUUUCGAGUACGAGUGUCCGCGCGGCCACCGGUUCAUGCUGUCGGCUCCGGACCGCGUGAUGAAGGUGGCGGCGGCGGCGCAGGUGAAGGACAGCGCCGCCACGGUGGCCACCAGCGAUAUGCCGCUCUACUUCAACUGCCCCUGCAGUAAGAAGCUGAAGCCGUUCGUCAGCCAGUUGAUGCGGCUGCACGUGGUGACGCCCAAGUCGGCGGUGCGGGUGACUCUGGAGCCGCGCGUGCAGCCGCAGCCGCCGGACGGCGCCGUGUUCGUGCCGGGCGGUGAGCGCGGCGCGCUGGAGCUCAGCCCUGCCGCCUACUGGCUGCUCCGGCUGCCCUACCUGUACCGGGAGUGCGGCGGCUCGACGGCGGCGCCUCCCCGACAGGAGGUGCCGCCCGUCGGCCGCGGCCGGCUCCUCAAAGACAUGUUCGGAGUGGUGAUACGCGAUGAUGUGCUGUGAGGGAGGGGCCGGGUGCUGUGGGAGGGGAGGGGAACAGCUUUGGGUAUCAGGGGAGGGAGUGGAGAUGUCGGUGAGUGAGAAACGCAGGCGUAAAGAUCAGGGGCAAUCAUGGUUCUGAAGAAAAUGCGGGAUCUAUGUCAGAGUCAAGACAGUGUCACUGAAAACGUCGUAAUCGUACCUAUGUGAAACAAAAAUGUGAGAUGCUAAUACAGUUCAAUCAGGCUUG